GAUGCCCGGCGACACCCGGCGGACCCCAGGGCCCCCGAUCCCGGUGAGAUCCGCACCGGCACCGGCAGCCAGCGGAGCGGCGCGGGGGCUGCCGGGAAUGGCGGCGCCGCGGGGCGCGCUGGGACACGCCGGGAGCCGGCCCGUUCAAUCGCCCAGAGCAGGCCUCAGUGCUCGCGGGGAGCAGCGCGGGGCGAUGAGGUGGAUUACCCAUUCCCAAACCUUGGCCAGAUGGAAAAGGAGGCUGUGAGGAAGAGGAAUAUAUCCCAGGAUACCCAGACAGACAAGGAGCUGAGGAUGGAGACCAGGAAGGACAAAUCCCUGCAUCAGAACCUUGUGAAAGAGGCCAUUUUGAGUGGCUCCAUAGUGCAGGAAUCCAACAGGGAGGAAAAUCUCCAGAGAUCCCACACAAGGAGGGACUCCAAACCCAGCCCAGGGAGCUGUGAGGAGGAAAGACCCACCCUGCACCAGGAAGGCAGCAGGAGCUUCAGCCAGAGCUCGGACCUGGCGCUCCCUGAGCAGCAUCAAAGCAGGGAGAAGUCCUACAAGUGUUUGGAGUGUGGGAAGAGCUUCAACCACAGCUCCAACCUGAUCCGCCACCGGAGGAUCCACACUGGGGAGAGGCCCUACAACUGUAGGGAAUGUGGGAAGAGCUUCAGCCGGAGCAACAACCUGGCCCGCCACGAGAUGAUCCACUAUAACAAACAGCACCAUGAGUGCACUGAAUGUGGGAAGAGCUUCAAAGAGAUACGCAAAUGUAUCCAGCACAAGAAAAACUGCAGUAAGGAACGGCCCUAUAAUUGUGGGGAAUGUGGGAGGAACUUCAGCCAGAGAUCCAACCUGAUCCAGCACCAGAGGAUCCACACCAGGGAACAGCCCAACAUCUGUGGAGAAUGUGGGAAGAGCUUCAGCCGGAGAUCCAACCUGAUCCGCCACAAGAAGAUCCACACUGGGGAGAGGCUCCACAAAUGUUCCAAGUGUGGGGAGAGCUUCAGCCAGCGCUCCCACCUGAAUGCCCACAAGUGCGUUGACACCAGAGAACAGCCCAACAAGCAUGAGGAACAUGGGAAGAGCCUAAGGAAGAUUCAACACCUCUCCAGCCACCCAUUUGGGGAAACCAGGGAACCACCCAAGUGCUUGGUAUGUAAGAAGACCUUCACGCAGAGUUGCCACCUGAAAGUCCACUGGCGCAUCCACACUGGGCAACAGCCCUACGAGUGUAAGACAUGUGGGAAGCGCUUCAGUGAUCGCUCUAACCUCAACCACCACCAGAGGAUCCACACUGGUGUGAGGCCCUACGAGUGUGAGAAAUGUGAGAAGAGCUUCUCCAGGAAGUCUCACUUGACCCAGCACCAACAGAGCCACUAGAAGGGGAAGCCCCACAAGCUCCCUGACAGCGGGAAGAUGUUGUCUGAUGCUCCAACUUCAUCACUUAAAGCCUCACCAUUUCAUUGCCAUUUAGGAGGGGAAUUUGGUUUUGUUUUUUGGAGAUUGUUUGUUCUGGAGGAUUUGAUGGUUCUGGGGUAUUUGGAAGAAUUUUCUCCAUAAUUUUGUGUUUGAAAAGCCAAGAGGGAUAGAUCCAUCACCUCAAAACCACUCAAUCCCACUUAAAACUAUUCAAUCCUAUCCCAAAAUGGCUCAAUCCCAGCCCAAAAUUACUGAAUUCCACAGUCCCUCAGGGUGGGCGGGGUUGGAAGGGGAUUGGGUCAAGUGUGAUGCAAAUCAGGACGGGUGAGAUGGGCAUUUGCUGGGGCAGGAUGGGUACGAUGGGGAUUGGGAGGGAUGGAAUAGGGGAAGUAGGGCUUGGGAAGGGGCUCUUGAUGUCCGGGAGGGCUGGGAUGGGUUUGUGUGGGGAUUGGAAGAGUGAGGCAGGGUCUGGAAUGAGACAGCUGAAGGUUGGGGAUGAUGAAGGGAGGAGGAACCCUGAGGCAUUCUAUGUUCCUGAAGGGAUUUUGGGGCAUCCCACAUUUUGGAAGUGGUUUUGGGGUACUCCCCAAUUCUUGUGGGGUUCCUGAGAGCAGCUCCAUGGAGCCCAGUUUCCAGGGUGGUUGCCAUGUGCAUGAGCUCAGAGCUGUAGCCAGAGUUUAUUGCCUUGGUGUUGGAGAGCAGAGAAAUGGUGAAUGGUCCCAGACAUCUCUCGUGUGAUUUGAGGGGGGAGGGCUGAGCAAGUUCUGCAUGGGUGGGACAGUCACUGCCCCAGCCCCAGCCACUGCAGCCUCUGGUCCAGUCCCAGAGUGGCUCCCAAGCCCCUGGCACCCCAAAAACCCCAUCUGUGAGAGGGACCAGAGCAGGUAAAGGCUGUGACAUGGGUGUGACACUGACAUGUCCCACAGCUCUGGAGCUCACAGUAGCUGAGAUGGCACUUGAUCCAAGGCUGUGGAUAUUUCUCUCCUUCUCUGUCUCCAUCUCCAUCUCCAUCUCCAUCUCCAUCUCUAUCUCUACCUCUGUCUGUCAUCUCUCCCUGACUGUCUUCUCCUGACUUCCUUUCUUGAAACCUGGAUAACUUGAAGUUGGAUGGGUUAGAGUUUGCUGAGUCAGUGCUUUGUGAAGCGCCUUACCAUAAUUCCAGGUUUAAUAUAAGUUAUAAUUUAAGUUAAAUACUAUUCCUCUGUAUAUUUUUAAGUCAUAGGUUGUAAGUUAGGUUAAAUACUGUUAAGUGCUGUGCCUUUGCUAAAUUGUUAAGUUUAAGGUGUAAGUUAAGAUUAAGACAGAAGUUCUGUUAAGUUUGAGUGCUGUUAAGCUUUAUGGCCAUAUUCCUUUUAUACCUGCCUGUCGGGAUACAAAUCCCUCUGGGCCCCAUCCACACAGGCCUAGGGCUGUUCAGAAAUGUGAGGGCUGAAUUAAAACCUUCAGUAACUGAAAUACUUCAAUCCACACAGACAGGAGGUAAAAAUGCAAGUUUAGUUUUAAAUAAGUAGAGAAUAUUUUAAGUGCCUUAAGCAAAUAAGAAACUGUAUUAGUAAGAAAAAGCCCUAAAGCCUAGUUUGAAGUUCAGUGGCAACACCUUUUACAGAGUUAACUAAGUUCUAGGCAUAACAAAAACAUAAUGUAGCCUUGCUAGCAUUCCUAGCUAGAAUAGAUAGAGUAUGUAAGUAGAAUUUGUGUAAGAAAUUACGACCACUUUCGCACAUCAAUCUUAGAUUCGGAUAGGCCCAACAAGGCGGUAGUAGAAUUAUGUUUGUAACUGAUUGGUUAAAAACAGAAUAAAAUACACUGCUUUGACAGUGCAAACCACCACCAUGAAUGGAACACAGAUCACGAAUGCUGUUGCUGCUGAGAGGCUGCUGCUUCUGCAUGGGACUUGGAGACUUUAUGCUAGAAGGCUUUCUGCAUAAUGGCAUGAACUGUAACCACUCUGCCUUCAUGAGACUGAUUUUAGCUAUGCAAUACAGGACUUUUACAACUACCCAGCUUCUACGAUCUCUAUGAAGACCCCCUGCAAUACUUGACACUUGCCCUCACUCUCCUUUUGUCACACACACCUAAACACAUACGGACAGUUCUCAGUUUGUUUCUGGUUUGAUUGCCUGGAUUUUGUUUGGUUUUGUUGUUGCUUUGUUUCCUUGGUGUGCCUGAACUUUCCAGUCAGGAGUGGAGUGACUCUUGCUAGCAAACUCUGUUGUGCCUGUGCUCCUAAUUGGUAAUUUUUGUCAAAUAUGCUAAUUUGCUAAAAUUAUAAAACUGUAUUCACCCCAUGGCGGGGUGGGCAUUUUGUGGACAUUUUCCAUAUCUGCCCCUUGGAGACUUCCAAUAAAGAUCAACCUUUAUAUUAUCUCCAAAGGAUGUUGUUUCAUUUC